AUAUAUAUAUAUAGUGCUCCUUCCAUUUUCUAUGUAUCGUCAACGUUAGUGCUUUAUUUAGGUGACAAAACUACUCACAGAGAAAGACACUCGGAGACCUUGCAAGACUUCAUCAAUGGCUGUCAAAGUUUAUAUUGUGUACUACUCCAUGUAUGGGCAUGUUGAGAAACUAGCAGAAGAAAUAAAGAAAGGGGCUUCCUCUGUGGAAGGUGUUGAGGCCAAAUUAUGGCAGGUACCUGAGACGCUGCAGGAUGAGGUGCUCGGUAAGAUGAGUGCACCACCCAAGAGCGAUGUACCAGUCAUUACCCCGAAUGAACUAUCCGAGGCUGAUGGCUUUGUAUUCGGCUUCCCAACAAGGUUUGGAAUGAUGGCUGCUCAGUUUAAAGCUUUUCUAGAUGCUACUGGAGGCUUAUGGAGAGCACAACAGCUUGCAGGCAAGCCUGCUGGCAUCUUCUACAGCACUGGUUCACAAGGCGGCGGACAAGAGACUACAGCGCUCACUGCUAUCACUCAACUGGUUCAUCAUGGGAUGAUAUUCAUUCCAAUCGGUUACACGUUUGGUGCUGGCAUGUUCGAGAUGGAGAAAGUGAAAGGUGGAAGUCCAUAUGGUGCCGGAACUUAUGCCGGUGACGGCUCAAGACAGCCAAGUGAGCUUGAGUUACAGCAAGCAUUCCACCAAGGCAAGUACAUUGCCGGCAUCACAAAGAAGCUCAAGCAAGCUGCAUAAUGUUUGCCUUCAUAUAUAUAGAUUAUACUAUUAUUAUUAAACCAUACCACAAUAUUGCUUGAAAAUCAUUACCGAUUUUUUAGUCUUGAAAUAUAUUGAGUUUUGUUUUUCUGAGCUUGCAAGUAUUUUUCUUUUCUUUUCUAAUCUUCGUGAAGGAAAUGCUUUGUAAGAGUGUUACAUGUUGCAGUGGAUGUUGCAAUUUGUUGAAUGAGGAAAGUUUGUGUGUGUUGUCCUUUCGUGUUAAGCUGAAACAAUACUUGUUCCUAUCUUUUGUAUUACCCCGUUACGCACAUAAACAUUGCAACGUUUGCAACGAACAAUUUGAGUAGAGAAUUGGC